AUGGACUCCAACCCCCCAACCCCACCCCCCUACACCCGUACCCCCUCCCCCACCUCCCCCCCCAUAACCCAAGCCCAAGCCACCAGCGCCGAGCUUACCGAGCUCCUCCUCCUGCGCACCCAAGCGCGGGAAUUUCACAACCCCAUCUCAUCGCACGCACGCCAACUCACUCAUCAAGCCGAGCGCAUCGAGCUUCUGGAGAUGAAGAACCAGCAACUGCAGACGCAGAUGCAGAUGUUUUGGGCCGAGUUUGAUAGGAGGCGUGAUGAAGGGGUAAGGGAGGGAGUGGUUCAGGGGGCUUUGGAAUCGUGGGAGGAGUUUGUGAGGUUGUUGAAGAUGGCUUUGGUGGUCGUGAUGGCGGUGCUGAUGCAUUGUUUCCUUUGUCUUUUGUUGAAGAUUUUGAGAGUGGAGGGAUUUUGA